GUUUUUUUUUCUUUCUUGGACCUCCUUAGAAAUCGGGACUUUAGUUUCCAGGGCUCAGAGCCUCUGCACCGCUGCAAAGUCUUGGUUUGCGUAAUGCGUCCUGCGCAACAUCUGGAUUAACUAUCUCAACCCAGAGCCUUUACUCUUAACUUUAUGAACUCUUUCCCCUCUUCUUUUUGUAAUUCUCUGGAGUUCAGCUUGAUAAUCCGGGAGUCUGCUCAUAGAUUAUGUAUUCUUUAAGAUGGGUGCGAACAAUGGAAAACAGUAUGGAAGCGAAGGUAAAGGGAGCUCAAGCAUCUCCUCUGACAUUAGCUCGAGCACAGAUCACACACCGACUAAAGCUCUGAAGAAUGUGGCUACCACUGAAGGCUUGGAGACCAGUACAAGAACACUAAGCACCCCCAGCCCAGGUCUGAUCCUGCCAUCUAAGUCCUCCUCCCUCUCCUCACCUGCCCUUUCCAGUAACGGCCAUGAAACCAACUCCUCAUCCUCCUCCUCUGCUCACACCGAGACGGUGGCUGUGAUUCACCCUCAGCCUGGCGGCCACACUCGCUCCAGACAGUCAAAAACCCACCACCACUCCCUCACCGACCUCCUCCCGGACCACACGCUCCUGCAGAUCUUCUCCCAUCUCCCAACCAACCAGCUGUGCCGUUGCGCAUGCGUCUGCCGGCGCUGGUACAACCUGGCGUGGGACCCGAGGUUGUGGAGCACCAUCCAACUCACCGGAGAACUGCUUCACGCCGACCGCGCCAUCAGAGUCCUGACCCAUCGGCUGUGUCAAGACACCCCCAACGUGUGUCUGACGCUGGAGACGGUGAUCGUCAACGGCUGCAAGAGGCUGACGGACCGGGGCCUGCACAUUCUGGCCCAGUGCUGCCCUGAGCUGCGGCACCUGGAGGUUGCUGGCUGUUACAACGUUUCAAACGACGCCGUGUUUGAGGUGGUGUCCCGCUGCCCCGGCCUGGAACAUCUGAACCUCUCAGGCUGCUCUAAAGUAACAUGCAUCAGCCUCACCGAGGAGGCCUCGCUCCAGCUGUCUCCCCUGCACGGCCAGCAGAUCUCCAUUCACUACCUGGACAUGACUGAUUGCUUUUCACUCGAGGACGAGGGUUUGCGGACUAUCGCCUCCCACUGCCCUCGCCUCACUCACCUGUAUUUGCGCCGCUGCACCCGGCUGACAGAUGAAGCUCUGCGCCACUUGGCGCUCCACUGCCCGUCCAUAAGGGAGCUGAGUCUCAGUGACUGCCGCCUGGUCGGAGAUUUCGGCCUGCGUGAAGUCGCCCGCCUGGAAGGCUGCCUGCGCUACCUGAGCGUGGCCCACUGCAGCCGCAUCACAGACGUGGGCAUACGCUACGUGGCUCGCUACUGCCCACGACUUCGCUACUUAAACGCCAGGGGCUGCGAGGGGAUAACGGAUCACGGCCUGGGCCACUUAUCCCGGAGCUGCCCCAAACUAAAGUCUCUGGAUGUGGGGAAGUGCCCGUUGGUGUCGGACAGUGGGCUGGAGCAGUUGGCCAUGUACUGCCAAGGCCUGAGGCGAGUCAGCCUCCGAGCCUGCGAGAGCAUCACGGGCAGAGGACUCAAAGCUCUCGCGGCAAACUGCUGCGAGCUGCAGCUCCUCAACGUGCAGGACUGCGAGGUGUCUCCGGAAGCUUUACGGUUUGUCAGACGCCACUGCCGGCGCUGCGUCAUUGAGCACACAAACCCGGGCUUCUACUGA